AUGUAAAAUAAUGAUCUCUCAAACUCUCUUUACUUUUCCAAUCGGUCCUAAUUUAAAUAAAACAUUUAUCGUGGAUAUUUUAUGCUUAAGAAUACAAAUAUUAGUAUCCUCGAUACCAAGAAUAAAUUAAAAUAUGAAAACAAUCGUACGGAACUCAAUGAAUCUUUCUUCAUUUCUAACUCCUUAUAAUAAAUUUCAAAUAAAAGGCCUGCUGUUCACGAUAAUUUGUCAUACAUUGAAGAUUCAUAAGAACAAAAGAUUCUCAAAAAACCUUUGCAAGGACAUCAAUUCGCAGCAAAUUUAAAACCUGCUUUAAAACACUAAUAAAUAUUACCAUAACUAUCAACUACGCAAUAAGUUGUUAGUUUAAAACUAUUGAGUCGUUAAUAGAAGGUUAAACCAAUAAUUAAAUAAUAAAAGAGUUAGGAACAUAUUAUUUAAUUGAGAUAUCUGAACAAACAAUUUGAAGAAUUGUAAAAAGGAUUAAUUUUAAAAUGCCUUUAUCUUAGUACAAAUGAUCGUGAUUUAUCUAUUGAUAAAAUCGCAAUUAUGAAUUUUGAAAGUAUGUUUGUAACCAUUUUUUUAAGACUUUUUGAUUUAAUCAAGGAAAAACUUUUGGGAUUUCAGAAAUGAGAUGAAAAUUUGUCCUUCCUUUCUAAGAGGCAGCAUUUUUGAGUAAUGUGAAAGCCCAUAUUGUCCAUGUACAUUAAGAAAUGAUUUAAAAAAUACUUUAAAAAUGUAAAUUAAUUAUUUUAAUAUAAGUUUAUCUAAGACUUACUUGAUUGUAUUCUUAUUUAAUAGCUAAGCUUUUGCUCAAGUAUGGUAAAAAUAUUUAUUUUAUAAUGGAUUUUUUAUUGAUGCCAUGUAUUUGAGUAAAAAUCAAACAUAACCAUAGUAAUAACUUGGAGGAAUAAAAAUUAAUCAAAUUAUAAGAGAUUUUAGUAAAUUUAAAAUUACUAGAAUUCUUCAUUUUGACUCAGUAGAUAUGACAAACACAUUUCCUAAUAUUUCAGUUGAGCAAUUUCAAAAUAAAUUUGCAAUUUUAGAUACAAAUAUUGAAACAAUCUUAUUUUUAUUUUAAUAACUCUAAAAUCCUAAAUAAUUUGAUUCGAAACUCCUUUGUGAUAUUUGUGUAUCAUUCUAAAAUGAUCAUCGAUAUAUUGUUAGCAGAAAAUCAGUCACGAUACUACCUAUUGAUAUCAGUUAUGCAUAUAAUUAUUACUCAUUAUAAGAAAAAAUGUAGUAUGAUAAAUUAUAAAUUGUUCAUAAAUUAACUUUCGUCUAAGAAUAAUUAUAAUAAAAUAUAGAUUCAUUUGAUCUUACUCUUGUAGAAGAGGAAGAAGACUAAUUAAUAAAAUGGAUUGAUUAAACAAAUGAUAAAAUGUCAUAAUCAAUAAGAAGAGAAAAAUUCAAGGAAAAGACUCCUCUACUUCAAUAUACAAUAGGUGAUCUUAUUACAAGAAAUCAUAAAUUUAAAAAAAUAUAUUAUAAUUAUCCCGAGAAAUAAUUACUUAAAAAAUAAUCAAUGAUAAAUAAAAAAAUUGCUAGAUUGAGUUCAGAGAUUAUUGUCUAAAAGAAUAAAUUAAAAAAUUUAUUGUCAAUGAAUUGUUUUCUAUGUAUUGAAUGA